AUGUUUGGUCUACUUCUUUCGUUAAUUGUAAUUCCAUUCCUUUCAUAUGGAGUCAAGGCUAGUGAUCCUGACCUUACUAGAGCGUCUAAUGUCCUGGAUGUUUCUUAUCUGAAUCACACUAACGCGACCUACUAUAAUUAUACCAACACAAUAUCGUCAAAUGACUUUCUAUACCGAGGUGUGGCAUUGGGAGGCUGGCUCGUGUUGGAGCCAUAUAUAACGCCUUCGCUCUUCCUCACAUUCAACGAGUCUUCCCAUAACUCAUCUGAUAUCCCGAAAGACGAGUACCACUUCUGCAAAGAGCUAGGCCGUGAGAAAGCUUCGGAAAGGCUACAAGACCACUGGGACACCUUCUAUAAUGAGCUGGACUUUGCCGAUAUCAAGCUGUACGGCCUUAAUAUGGUCAGGAUACCUAUUGGUUACUGGGCUUUCCAGACCCUUGAUGAUGAUCCAUAUGUGCCUGGCGCACAGAAGUACUUAGAUAAGGCUAUCGAAUGGGCGUAUAAUAACGACCUCAAGGUCUGGAUUGAUCUUCAUGGAGCUCCAAACUCUCAGAAUGGCUUUGACAACUCGGGUUUAUUUAGAGCUAACGAGCCUGGCUGGCAGGAUAAGCAAGAGUAUGUGGACUUGACAAGGCUGGUCUUACGAGACAUAUAUGCUAAAUAUGGCAGUGCCGAGUUUAGCAAGAAGUAUAACGAUACGAUCCUAGGCAUUGAAGUGCUUAACGAACCCAUGGGGCCUAAAUUGUCCAUGUCAAAGCUCAAGCACUUCUACGAUGGAGCAUACACUGAUGCUAGAGAGAUUCAAGAUACUAACAAUACCAUCGUUUUCCAUGAUGCAUUCCAGGAAGCGGGCUACUGGAAUCAUUACAGACAAAAUAAUUCUAAUUCUUCUUCAAUCACGCGGAACUACAACAUUCUCAUUGACCACCAUCACUAUGAGGUUUUUGGUGUGGGUCAACUCAAUUCAUCUAUCGCUGAGCAUAUCAAUAAUAUCAAGAACUUUGCAUCAGGCAUUGAAAAAGAGUUAAAAUACCACCCUGCCAUUGUUGGAGAAUGGUCGGCUGCCCUUACUGACUGUACUCCUUGGCUUAACAGCGUCAAUUGGGGAACGAGAUGGGAAGGAACCUCUCCAUACGAUAAUGAUCCCAUAGAACUGAAGAGCCUAGGUAAAUGCUACAACAUCAAUAAUUGGGACUCCUGGAGCAAAAAGCAUAAAAGAGAUACACGCAAAUUCAUAGAAAUCCAGCUUGACCAGUACGAAAACAAAGCAGAUGGGUGGAUCUUCUGGUGCUACAAAACAGAGACUUCCAUAGAAUGGGACUUUAAGCGGCUCACACAGUAUGGACUUUUUCCGCAGCCAUUAUCCAACCGUCAGUACAUCAUCAAUGGCACCGACACCAAGCCAGACAAAAGCGAAGCAGUCUCAAAGAACCACUCCUCCGCUCUUUUGGCUGUUCUAGUCUCAUUGGCUUUUUCGAUAUUUAUUUAG